AUAGUGUUAAAUGUUAUAAAGGUGAUCCAGGGAAUGGUUUAUUUACACGGAAUACAACCACGAAGAAUUUUACAUCUUGACCUUAAAUCGCAAAAUGUUCUCUUGGAACAGGACUUGAACGUAAAGUUGUGCGAUUUUGGACUCUCUCAAAUGCACACCCUCUCCGCUUUAAGCAGAACGUUAUCUAUUCAAGCAGUUACAGUAAACGACAAAAAAGACGGGCGAAUUAGAGGUACAAUCAGUCACAUUGCCCCAGAACAUCUAAAAGACCCUAAUUGUAAACCAACAGUCAAAUCUGAUUCUUACAGCUACGGAAUAUUUCUUUGGGAACUAUUGACAAACGAGCAACCAUACCAUCACGCGAGGGAUCCGCAAGCUAUAAUUCUGGCUGUUCGUGACAAAGGGACACGACCAGAUCCUGAACUAGUUCCGGAUUCUGCGCCUUUUAUUAUGCAGACAAUGAUGAAGCAAUGUUACAACGAAGAACCCAUCGAUAGGCCUACUUUUAAUGAUAUGAUAAAGUUGUUUAGUGGUGCGUAUGAACGAAAUCUGCUUCCGUAUGUAAAGGAUGCGGUACAGGAAGCUAGAAAGCAGGCAAGAUUACAACCCAGCCAAGCGAUUGGCGAAACACCUGGAACAAGCCAGGUAGAGAUUUCCGAAACUAAGUCGAGCGACUUACAAAUAGGACACCUGCAAUCGACAAAUUACCAAAGCAGACAAGGAUUGGUAAAUUUAACAAGUGCGACAUCGUCCGGCUACACGUCAAAAGCCGCCGAAUUUAGUCAGGAAACUCCGCUUGAACCUGAACUCGGAGACGAAACUACUUAUCCAAAGCAGCUGAUCGAAGAACGUGAUAGUGGAGUAUCAGAAGCAUCGAUGUUAAACACCACCUCCGUGCCUGGUGUUAAAUAUACCAAAGAAGGUUAUGAAAUAAAAGAGCCUAAAAGGGAUGACAGAAACGACAUGCGCAUUGGGGAAGUGCUAAACUCUUGUAUUGCAGAAGAAGACAUGUGUUUAAUCAACCAACAAGAAUAUACGCCUAACCUUUUAAAUCAAACCAAUGCGCUCAAGAACGACCGCACGACAACGUCAUGCAAACUUAACGGAAAGAAAAAGUGUGCUCUAAUCGGAACGAUCACUGUUUUUCUGCUUAUUAUCACUGUAGUGAUACUGGUGACGCAGCUUAACAAAAAAACACCAAGCGACGGUAUUAUAACGCAAGUUAAAACAGUCACACCAACGGAAAAGUAUAAAUUUCCGCAAUGUCUUCCCUUUACUUCCAACUUCUCUGGACUCGCCAGUGUCGAGUGUAACCCGCCAAUAAACGAAUAUGGAAAGUUCGAUGUUGAGACGUCGUGUUCGUACAAAUGUAAUAAGGGUUAUAAACAAGUAUAUCCGACGGUUACCACUUGCGGACAACGUGGCCGAUGGAACCGUCGUUUAGGAGAAUGUAAGAAAGUUUGUCCUGCGGAAACAAUAUCAACAGAUGUUAAACAAACGGGAUGUACGAAUGAAAAUUUUUCAGGGAGCGAAUGUACAUAUGAAUGCAGGGACUUGAACAUCGGAAAAAUAAAACGGACUUGCUCAGAGACAGGACAGUGGAUUGGCCAAGAUUUUUUGACAUGUAAAUGCCAACAGUGUUAUGGCGGAAACGAGUGCCAGUACGUGCUGAAAUGGUUUGAUAUAAGAGCACAGGUCCGCAAAAUGGACGACAACAACACUCCAACAGAGGUGCGAUAUGGCGAUCGACUUAUCUCUUGUGAAGCCGAUAGAGACUUUAUAUUCAACUACGACUGCACCUGUAAAGACUCGAAGGUGGUCGACCGCUAUUAUUGCAACAACUACCUAACCCGUAAUCAAGCUUGUACACACGCACUUGCACACCUCUUACGAAACCUUGUAGCACAAGGGAUUUACGAAGAACCGUGCGAUCUCGGCCAAUCGUAUUCCGCAUGUUAGAGCUGUGGUUAACCACACACAGCUUUUAAAAAUCAGUUACUUGAAAUUUCUACAAACGAGAUGUUCAUUUAAUGUUUCCGUUUAAAAGUAAGUUUGUUCAGCUUAAAACAGUUUUUGCUAAAAUUUUGCUAGUUUUUAGCCACAGGCAGUCGUAGCGUAUAGCCUACGCUACAAGUUUCGUUUAACCACUUUAAAAUAAUAUAUAUGGUAUAGGGUGGGGAAAGACGGGACACCUUUAGCACAUAUUAUCUAAAUAUCCUAAUC